AUGUCGAAAGAUGAUUCCUUCAAAAGACCCGGUUCAAUUCCAUUCAAAUGGGAGAUCCGACCCGGUGUUCCCAAAACCCAACUCCACCGUUACGAUUCCCCUUCCCGCAAUCUCCACCGUUCGUUGAUCAAUCAUCACCACCAUCAACAAGCACUGUUACAACCCACUACCACCACCACCACCACCGUCGAUCUUCUUUCAUGUCCAAACACUCCACCGGCGAGAUUCGAAACCCUAAGUCCCGUUUGGAAUCGAUCUAUCAAAUCGGCACCACAGACACCAUUUAGGAGGAGUAAAAGCCGAUCUGUUGAACCGAAUACAAUUGUCCGACUCCAACCGGAGAUUGUCGGAACCGGAUGUUUGAGUAGAGAUUAUUAUUAUAAGAAGAGAGAAAAGAGAAAUCAGAAGAAGCGUUCGUCGGAUUCUGAUUGCAGCAGUUGUGAUAUUGAGAGUGUGUCCAGAUUGUCGUCGGAAUCUAGUCGGAGAUCCGUUUCGCCAUUGUCGUCGUCGGAGUUUUCGUCACAUUGGUCGUCGUCUCCACGGGAGAUUAGGGUUAGAGAUUCUGAUUGGGCAGGAUUUGGACUCUUUUAGAUGUUAUCAUUUUCAAAAUAAUGUUUUUAAU